CUUUACGCUUUGAACACACCGACUGUGUUUUGGCGUUUCGUUACACCAGAAGUACAUUCAUUUCCAAUGGAACGCUGCAUUUGAAUGGCAGCAUUGCGUUGCAGAGGCAGUUGCAGUGCGUUCUGUGUGGGGCAUACAUUCGAUUUAUCGAACAUGCAUCAAAUUGUAUGCGUGGAUUUGACAGAAAGUAGCAAAUUAUGAAUGUAGAUUAUAAUUUUUUUGCACACAUAUUCAGUAAAAUGUGCGAUUACAUAAAGUUUGAUUGCAUAAUUUCUUCACAUUUAUUAUUAAUUUAUUUACCAAGUAUAUUAUUUAUUCGAUGACAUCCACAAAUGAAUUGUGAGAGCCUAUAAUAUAAUUUCACUCCAAAAUGCAGUUUUCGAGCGAAAUGCAAUAAUAAAUAGUCAAGAUAGCAGAGUAGGCUCUUUCAACAAUGAGACCAACGUUGAGGAGGGUGGUCUUGAUCGCACUGUUGGGCCGGGAUCAGCCCCGCCGAGAGUGUAGGUCUGUGUGGGUCCCGAAAGCAGGCAGGGGAGUUCCACUGUCUAAUUCAAGAGCUUCGACUGUUUUGAGAGGAAUUACGAAAUUACUUUCGUCUGGACCGAAGCCAGUUCGAUCACCUGCUCCAGAUGGUUGGAGCCAGGAUCGCCCGGAUGGAUACCAACUACCGGGAGUCCAUUAGCCCAGUUGAACGCCUGGCGAUUUGUCUCCGAUUCUUGGCGACAGGGGACUCCUACAGGACCAUAGGAUUCAGCUUCCGAGUUGGACGGUCCACGGUGGCAGGCAUUGUCCCCUCUGUGGCACAAGCCAUUUGGGACUGUCUGGUUGGUGAAUACAUGCCUGUCCCCAAGGAGGAAGACUGGAGGGCCAUCGCUGCCGAGGUCCUGGAGAGGUGGAAUUUCCCCACCUGUCUUGGCUCCAUUGCCGGGAAACAUAUAGUAAUUCAGGCUCCACCAUGCUCAGGUUCACAGUUCUACAACUACAAGGGUACAUAUUCAGUUGUACUCUUGGCUGUAGUAGAUGCCAUCUACUGUUUCCGUGUUGUCGAUGUUGGUGCUUACGGCAAGGGAAGUGAUGGCGGGACCCUCCGGGACUCUGCCUCUGGCCAGGCACUUCAGGAUGGCACCCUGGAUAUUCCACUACCUGCAUCACUCCCUGGGGCUGAAGACCUGGGACCUGUUCCCUAUGUCUUCGUCGGCGAUGAGGCCUUCUCUUUAAGACCCAACCUCAUGAGGCCCUACGCUGGACGCCAGCUGCCAUUGCCAAAGCCUGUAAGGAUCUUUAACAAACGACUGUCUAGGGCAAUGUGCCUUUGGGAUUCUGGCAGCCCGAUGGAGAAUGUAUCAGAGAGUACUUGGUCUCAGCCCUCAAAUGUCGAUGCCUGCGUGAAGGCCACAUGUGUUCUCUAUAACUACCUGCGGAGGUCAUUCCAGGAGCCGCUCCGGAUGGAGAUGGUCACCUUCCUGAUGUCACCAGGGCAGGUACCAACAACGCCCCCAGACAGGCACUCCAGGUGA